AAAAUAUUCUCGCGUUCGCCGUCGAGUAUAAAAGUGGCGAAUGGCACCCAGUCGAUAUCAGUCAAUCAAUCGCACUGCUCAUACAAACAUAAACAUGGUUUCCAAGUUCGCCGUUGCCCUUUGCGCCUUCGUGGCCGUUGCCGCCGUUGCUGAGGCUGGACUUAUUGGACACGCACCUCAGGAUUACUUCCAUGUUCCCAAGUACAGCUUCGAGUACGGCGUUGCUGACGCGCACACCGGCGACAAGAAGAGCCAGGCCGAGACCCGUGAGGGUGACGUCGUCAAGGGCCACUACAGUCUGGUGGAGCCCGAUGGCACCACCCGCACCGUCCACUACACCGCCGACCCCCACAACGGUUUCAACGCCCAGGUGACCAAGUCCGGACACGCCGUCCAUGCUGCCCCCGUCCAUCACGCCGCCCCUGCCUACCACGCUGCCCCCGCUUACCACGCCGCCCCCGCCGUGGCUCCUCUUGCCUACGCCGCUCACGCCGCCCCCGUGGUCGCCCACCCCCAUGGCGCUCCUCUGGCUUUCGCCAACCCUCUGGGCUACGGACACGGAUACGCCAAGAUCAGCCGUGGAUACUAAUUUUUUGCAUCGCCACUUUUGUGUUGAUGGAUCUCCAGCCAUGCUUGUAAAAUCUCACCCUUCAUCAUUGUCAUCGCGCUUGUAAAUAAUAAAAUUCAUUGAAAUGGAA